ACGAUCGAUCACACAUUCAGAAAAAGAAGAAAAAAAAGAGAGAACGGAAACAAGAUCUGCAGCGACUCCGUUUUAACUGAUCGCCGCCUCCGCCCUCGUCCAACGAAUCCUUCGUCUCCUUCUCGCCGCCCGCCGCCAUGGCCCCCGGGCUCUACUCCGACAUCGGCAAGAAGACCAGAGAUCUGCUGUACAGGGACUACAACACGGACCAGAAGUUCUCCCUCACCACCUGCUCCCCCCACGGCGUCGCAAUCACAGCUGCAGGAACAAGGAAAAAUGAGUCCAUCUUUGGCGAGCUUCACACCCAGAUUAAGAACAAGAACUUGACAGUUGAUGUCAAAGCAAACUCUGAGUCAGAUCUUUUGACGACAAUCACCGUCGAUGAGUUUGGAACUCCAGGGCUGAAAUCAAUUCUCAGCUUGGUUGUUCCGGACCAGAGGUCAGGGAAGCUUGAACUCCAGUACCUACAUGAAUACGCUGGUGUGAAUGCAAGCAUUGGGCUUAAUUCCAACCCUAUGGUUAACCUUUCUGGUGUCUUUGGAAGCAAAGCACUCUCAGUUGGUGUUGAUGUUUCAUUUGAUACGGCGACCAGCAAUUUCACCAAGUACAAUGCUGCCCUGAGCCUCACCAACCCAGAUCUUAUUGCUUCGCUUCAUUUGAAUAAUCAUGGUGAUACCUUGACUGCGUCCUACUACCACAUGGUAAAACAACAUUCGAGCACUGCUGUUGGAGCUGAGCUAUCGCACAGCUUCUCAAGAAAUGAGAGCACGCUUAUCUUUGGGUCUCAGCACUCGCUGGAUCCGCACACGACUGUCAAGGCACGCUUCAAUAACUAUGGCAUGGCCAGUGCCCUCGUCCAGCAUGAAUGGCGUCCCAAGUCGUUCGUCACCAUCUCUGGUGAGGUUGACACCAAGGCAAUUGAGAAGAGCACAAAAGUUGGUUUGUCCUUGGUGCUCAAGCAUUGAAAAGCAGGAUGUUUUUGGGCUCUAGGAUUUUCUUUUCAGUUCUGGUGGAUUCGAAUAACACGGAAAAACAUGGCGCCAAGAUAUAUUUGUGGCAUCAUUUUGAUCUUAAAUUCUAUUUCUUUCUCCAUGAUCUGUUCCCUAGGAAAAUAUUAGGAUUGUCCUUAUAUUUUGAUCCGCAGCACCCCCUGUUAAUAAUUUCUUGUGAUUGAGACCUAUUGUUAAUCUUGUCAAAUAUGAUGGCAAAUACUUUGUGCUCAAGCAUUGAAAUGCCAAAUGUUUUGGGCUUAGGAUUUUCUUCAGUUCUGGUGGGUUGGAAUAUCACGGUAAAACAUGGCCCCAUGUCAUCUGUGCGGCAUCACUUUGAUCUUGAAUUAUAUAUUUUUUCUCCACGAUCUGUUUCAUAGGCAAAUACUAGGAUUGACUUUAUGUAUUGAUCCUCAGCACCUUCUGUUAAUAAUUUCUGGUGAUUGAAUUUGGGACC